AUGAUUAGACAGUACAACGCUAUUUUUGCUUUCACUUCUCUUGGUGUCACCGUUGAAAAAUUAAUCAAUACUGGUGAUGGCCCAUAUGUCUUCAGGAUAAAUGGUGUUGUACAUCAUAGAAUAGGUUCUUUGCUACCCCCUGCAGGACAACGUCCUCAAUUUGCUCAGCUCUAUGUGUAUGAUACUUCCAAUGAGGUUCAGAAUCGACUAGAUAUUUUUGAGCGUGAUGGACCUGACCGUGAUGAACCUGAUCCAGCUAUUGUCCAAGAUCUUAUCCAUAUGCUUGACCAAUAUAAUCCUUUAGUGAAGAAAUUCAGGAUGGCACGUGAUCGGAUUUUUUCUCCUGAAUCUCCAGAUGUGCACAUCCGCCUCCUUGCCGCUGCUGGUGAACAUGGAAAUCGUGAUUCUUUCCCAUCUGUUCCUGAGUUGGCUACUCUCAUUGUUGCUGACCUUACUAUAGAAGCUUGUGACUUUGAUCUCGUUGUCCACGCACAACCUGGUUACUUACAGAAGGUUAGCCUUCUGAAUCCAUCACUUAUGUCCCUGCAAUAUCCGCUUUUGUUCCCAUACAGUGAGCGGAGCUUCCAUCUAGGUAUUAAAUAUCGCCCAACUGCUAAUUCACCUACUGGUGGCCGUGAGGAUGUUACAAUGAGAGAAUUCUACUGCUAUCAGGUUCAUUACCGCCAAAGAGAAACUAAUCCAUACACAUGCUGUGGCCGCCUCUCUGAUCAAGCUAUAGUCAACUGUUAUUCAUGUAUUGAAGCUAGCAGAUUGCAGUUCUUCUAUUUCAACCAGGACCUUCUACGUUCUGAUACAUAUCAAGGCAUUACUGAUGCUUUAGGACAGGGUGCUUCAGGUGGCAAGAGCAUAGGGGUCAAGUGGAUACUUCCGUCUAGCCAUGUGGGCAGCCCCCGUUACCUAGCUAUGAACUACCAAGAUGCAAUGGCUGUUUGCCGUCAGUAUGGAGCUCCUGAUAUAUUCACCACUUUCACCUGUAACCCCAAAUGGCCAGAAAUCGCUGAGGCUCUCAGAUAUGAACCAGGCCAGCAGCACACAGAUCGGUCAGAUGUGAUUACACGUGUUUUCCAUAUGAAGUUAGAUGAGUACAUUGCUGAUAUUAGAGGCGGCACAGCCUUCGGGCCUAUUCGAGCAUAUAUGUACACUAUUGAGUUCCAGAAAAGAGGAUUGCCACAUGUGCACAUACUUGUGUGGCUAGCUGCCCAUUCUUCAGAUCCAUUCCCAUCUUUCAUUGACACGCUGAUAUCUGCGGAGCUUCCAAAUCCACAAUCUGAUCCCCUUGGCUACGGCCUGGUACAGGAAUUUAUGGUACAUGGGCCAUGUGGAUCUAUGAAUCUUCGUUGCUCAUGUAUGAAACAAAGUGUUUGUUCCAAGAGGUUCCCAAAAUCUUUCAAUUCUGAGACUUCUAUUGAUGAGGCAGGAUUUCCUUUGUACCGUCGCGCAAACAAUGGCCUAACUAUUAGGAAAGGCCGUUACGACCUUGAUAACAGAUGGGUUGUGCCGUACAAUAUGGCCAUUUUGAAGAAAUAUCAAGCACAUAUCAAUGUCGAAUGGUGCAACAAGACUAAUUUGGUCAAGUACCUCUUCAAAUAUAUCACAAAAGGACAUGACAAGGCUACAUUUGCCUUUGUUAGUGCUUCUGCAGAUGCUACACCUCAGCUUGAAGACAAAGAUGAGAUAGCAGACCAUAUAAGAUGUAGGUAUUUGUCAGCUUGUGAAGCCAUGUGGCGAUUACUAGGUUUUGAAAUACAUGGUCGUAUGCCUGCAGUUGAACGGCUAGCUGUCCACAUGCCUGGUAUGAACAUUGUAAUAUUCCAUGAGUCAGCUGAUCUUGAAGAUAUUGUUGAAAACCCCCACAGAUAUAAGACUACAUUAACUGAAUGGUUUACAACCAAUCAAACCCAUCCAUCUGCAAUGCCUUUCACUUACUGUGAAUUCCCUACCUAUUAUAGGUGGGAUCCUGAUAGGAAAUCCUGGAUUAGAAGACAGAGGUCACCAAAGGUUGGUCGCAUCUAUAACGUGCACCCGAGCACAGGUGAACUAUUUCAUCUGAGAAUGCUUCUUAUGGUUGUAGCUGGUGCCACAAGCUUUGCCAGCCUUAGGACAUACAACGGUAUUAUAUAUGAUACCUUCAGAGAGGCAUGUCAAGCUAGAGGCUUAGUCGGUGAUGACAACGAAUGGUAUAUGCUGUUUGAUGAAUCUAUUAUAUGGGCAUCUCCAUACCAGCUAAGACACCUGUUCCUUAUUGUUCUGGUUUUCUGUGAUGUUGUUAAUGCAAAAAUGUUGUUUGCCAAGUACUGGAGGCAUCUUGCUGAUGAUAUAGCAUAUCGAAUCCGCUUGUGCCUAGGCAAUCCUAGAUAUUUUAUCCCAGAUUGUCAUCUACAGGCACAACUGCUCAGUGAACUAACUGUUCUGUUUUCAAAGUCUGGUGUCAACUUGUCUUCAUACAACCUCUCUUCUGAAGAAACUCCUGGACCCUAUGCAUAUAGCAAUAGGCUGAUUGCUGAAGAAUUAACAUAUGACAGAGCCCUUCUAGCAGAACAGUCCAGUACCCUAGCCUCUACACUAAAUCAUGAACAACGUUCUAUUUAUGACACUCUUAUUGCUUCUGUUAUUUCAAAAGAACCUGGCACCUUCUUUAUCUCCGGUCAUGGCGGCACUGGGAAAACCUAUCUCUGGAAUGCCAUUAUAGCAAAACUUCGAGCCGAAGGUGAGAUAGUGCUAGCAGUUGCUUCUUCUGGGGUUGCCUCUCUUCUAUUGCCAAGUGGUAGAACUGCACAUUCUAGGUUCAGAAUACCUCUUGAUAUAAACGAGCGUAGUAUAUGCAGUAUUAGCCGUGGGACUAUGCUUGCGGACCUCAUCAGUAAGGCAUCUUUGGUACUAUGGGAUGAAGCACCCAUGACUCAUAGACGUUGUUUCGAAGCACUGGACCGCACAAUGCGUGACAUCCUAUCAGCUGAUGAGCCUUCACUUGCUAAUGUUCCUUUCGGUGGAAAGUUGGUUGUCCUAGGCGGUGAUUUUAGGCAGGUCCUUCCUGUUAUUGCAAGGGGUACCAGGUCUGAUGUUGUGAGUGCAUCACUUGUUAUGUCACCUAUUUGGCAGCAUAUCACGGUCCUCAAGCUUUACACAAAUAUGAGGCUCACAAAUCCUGCUUUAGGAGCUUCCCAAAGACACAACCUUGCUGUUUUUGCUCAAUGGGUCCUAGAUGUUGGUAACGGUGAUGUCCCCAUGGCAACAAAACCUGGUGAAGCACAUCCCACCUGGCUGCAAAUACCUCAUGACCUGUUGUUCAUGCCUUCCGAUAAUAAUAUACAAACAAUUAUAGACUCCACCUAUGAUUCCUUUGACACCAUGUAUUCAGACACAUCAUACCUUACUGCUCGUGCAAUUGUAUGCCCAACCAAUAGCACAGUUGAUGAAAUCAAUGAUGUUGUCUUCAAUCAAGUACCGGGUGAAGCCAGAGAAUACCUAAGCUAUGACACUAUUUCUAAAACAGCUGACCAUGUCGCAGAUGUUGAUAUUCUUUAUCCACCAGAAUUUCUGAACUCCAUAACAGUUAACAAUUUCCCACACCAUUGUCUGUGCUUAAAAGUAGGGGUGCCCAUUAUUCUGCUUCGCAACAUUAACCAAUCUAUUGGUCUCUGCAAUGGUACUAGACUCAUAGUAACCAGGCUUGGUGAUCAUGUGCUAGAAGCCCGCAUACUUACCGGCACAAACAUUGGCCAGACAGUCUGUAUCCCAAGAAUUGUCCUCAACUCAGCUAGCCCCAAGUGGCCUUUCACGCUGCAGCGACGCCAAUAUCCUAUUCGGCUCUCAUAUGCUAUGACCAUCAACAAGAGCCAAGGCCAGACUCUCUCUAAAGUCGGCAUCUAUCUCUGA